AUCAAGGCUACUCAAAUUUUGAAGCCGGUACAAGAUAGAGUAAGCAUGACCUCUUCCACUCUCUAACUUGAAAGAGCAAAGCGGAUUAAGCUAGAAAGCGGAGUUUCCUUCAUUUAGGAAAUUAAAAAAAUUAAAAUUUGAACUGCUAUGUGGAAUCUCUAGUGGGUGUUGGGUGUAAAGUAUUUUAAGUACAAAGUUGUUACAUUCGAUCAGCUGUGUAUUUGAAUUUUUAUUUAUUUUUAUUCGCGCCAGUGAAGUAUCAAAAAUUAAAAGCACUUUUUUAUGUUGUAAAUAUACCAAAGUUUAGUAAAAUGUCUAUGUGUAGUGCUGCUGAAAUUGCGGAGAAACGUCGUAUAGCUUUGGAAAAAUUAGCCGCAAAGAAGCAACGUUUAGCUAACUCUGUAACUUCAGGAGACAAACCCGGGAAUGCCACACUGCAUCAAAAUCGUAACGCCAUAGGUGCUAUUCCGACGAAUACUUUCUUUAAACAGCAACAUCAAGUACAGCAGCAAUCUACAACAAAUAACAAUCAAAACAAAAAGACUCCGCAACAUUCCGCGGGAGCUAUAAAUUUCUUAAAUGACUUAAAACGUAAUAACAUCGGCAGUUAUGCUAGGAAUGCACGCGAUCAAGCGCAUCCUUACCAACGUAAUACGUUGUCCAACAGCAAGCCGAAUGUUAAUGCACUACAUACGCCCAACAAUAACCAACAACAGCAACAAUUAGCGCCGGUUUUUGUUACCAAAGUAAGCUGCAAGGUGUACAUGGUGAGCAAUACACGCUUCGCUGUACANCCUUCAUGUUUCCAUGCCAAAUUGAUUGAUGUAUUCAAGAGUAUACCAUCGAAGGGAUAUGAUGGUACCAAACAUAUCUGGAGUUUUGGUUUGCAUGACUAUCAACUACUGCAAGAUCACGUUUCUGCUAUGAAUCCAGAAGUUGUUAUUGGCACUAUACCAAAAAGCGUAAUUGCGGUUUGUCGCACGCCAGCUGUGGAAAUCGAACGCUCCUGCUUGUCUUCGAUUGAACCGAAAUUGGGGCAAAAACUGAUGCCAUUUCAGCAGGAUGGCGUUUGCUUUGCUAUAGCGCACCAUGGUCGCUUGAUGAUUUGUGACGAAAUGGGUCUUGGUAAAACGUAUCAGGCACUGGCAGUAGCUGACUUUUAUAGAGAAUCUUGGCCACUGCUUAUAUGCACAACAGCCUCCAUUAGAGAGUCCUGGGCAACACACAUACGCGAGCUAUUACCUCGCAUACCGAUUCAUUAUAUACAAGUUCUAACCAACAAUCAACAAAGUUUGGAUGAUGCAAAAGUGCUUAUUACCAGUUAUAAUAUGAUGGAUCGGCAUGUGGAACAGUUAGUCCACCAUAAAUUUGGAUUUGUAAUAUUCGAUGAAUCCCACACUUUAAAGAAUUCAAAAACUAAAUGUGCUAUGGUAGCGGAGCGUCUGACGAAACAAGCGCGUCAUGUUCUUAUGCUGUCAGGCACACCAGCGCUUUCACGGCCUUUGGAGUUGUUCACCCAAAUUCAAAUGAUCGAUCGCAAGUUCAUGUCAUUUAUGGAAUUUACCACUCGCUACUGUGAUGGCAAACAAACACAAUUCGGUUGGGAUGCUACGGGUCAAUCGAAUCUAGAGGAAUUAAAUGUUGUGCUGAAGUUGAAAUUCAUGAUACGUCGCACAAAGGAAGCUGUGCUACCGCAGUUGGCUGAGAAACAACGCGAAACAGUUGUUUUGGAUCCAGCGCUUAUUGGCUGUAAAGAUAACGACACAUGUGAUGAUUUAGAGACGCUUAGUAAAGAUUUUUCCUCAAGCGUAGGGCGAGAGCGCGAGCAGAUCCUUAUGAGAUUUUAUUCAACAACUGCUGAGGUUAAAGCGCGCGCUGUUUGUGCGUAUCUCAAAAAUUUAGUCAAAGAGAGGAUAAAAUUUAUUGUAUUCGCACAUCAUCGUGUCAUGUUGGACGCCAUUACUGAUUGCUUAAACCAAUUGAAUGUUAAUUUCAUACGCAUUGAUGGUAGCACCAAAAAUGAAGCUAGAGCGGAAUACAUUGACGCGUUUCAAACAAAGUCGUCUUGCAUGGUGGCUGUGCUUUCGUUGCGCGCAUGUAAUGCAGGCAUCACGCUGACCGCAGCUGAAAUGAUUAUUUUUGCCGAGUUGGACUGGAAUCCAAGUACCUUGGCGCAGGCUGAAAGUCGCGCCCAUCGCAUUGGCCAGAAUAAACCGAUUAUUUGUCGUUAUUUAAUGGCCUCUAAAACCGCUGACGAUAUUAUUUGGAAUAUGUUGAAAAAUAAACAGGAUGUAUUAAAUAAAGCUGGGCUCUUUUGUGAAAAUUUACAAGAUGCUACGCAUACUGCAGCGCCAACGGGGUCGCACAAAAUCGAAGACUUUUUCUCGCCUGUGAAGAUGGAAAACCAGCCGACCACGAAUGUUAGUGUUGAGCCAAAUAAAGAAGUGAAAGAGAAUGAAAGUGCCACAAUUGCUACAGCGAAAAAUUUAGACUUGAGCAAGGAGUUGGAAAAUAUUGAAGAUUUAUUUAUGGAUGAUGAUGAUUUUAAGGAUUUAAUGUGUUUAAACAUGUCCGAGCAAGAAGAAAUGGAAAAUGAAGAUGAAGCGGAAGUAAUAACAAAGAAAGAGCCCUCCUUUGGCGAUGAUAUUUUAGAGUUGCGCCAUUCCUUUGGCUAUGAUUGCAAGCGUUUCUUCAAUUUGGUGCUCAUCGAUGACAGUACAUUGGUUUUUGCUUCCGGUGAUUAUUUGCAUUACUUUGACAUACCCACGCGCAAAGUUACAUUUCGCAAAUCGGUGUUUGGUGGCGGCAUUGGAUUUAUAACGCGCAAUGAACAUCCCGACUUCAUCGACUUGCUCACCGUUGCGGAGAAUGGUGCAACGCCGACUAUAUUCAUUUACGAAUAUCCCACGCACGAGGUGCGCAUCAAGUUGGAGAAUGCGGCCAAGUCUUGCUUCACCUGCGGCUCAUAUAACUCCACUGGCGAGCUAUUCGCUUCACAAGCCGGCUAUCCAGAUUUUAUGCUCACCAUUUGGCGUUGGCAAAGCGGCCAUGUGGUGCUGCGUUCCAAAUCCUUUCAGAAUAAUGUGCAGCACGUACACUUUUCUCACUUCAAUCCGAUACUCUUGGCUUCAAGCGGACUGAGUCACAUAAAAUUUUGGAAAAUGGCCAACACCUUUACCGGUUUGAAAUUGAAAGGCGAGCUGGGACGCUUUGGCAAAACGGAUUUUAGUGACAUCUAUGCAAUUUAUAUGCUGCCCGAUGAGAAUAUCAUUUCAGGCUGUGAGUGGGGGAAUAUGCUGUUGUGGGAAGCGGGCCUGAUUAAGUUCGAGAUUACGCGCAAGGGACGCAAACCGUGUCACACAAAGCCAAUUACACGCAUCACCAUGGAGAACGGUGAAGUGAUGACUGUGGGUAUGGAUGGGUAUGUACGUAUUUGGUAUUGGGAAACAGUUGAUCUAGCCGAUCCGCCGGACGACGAUCGCUUCGUCGAGAUCGAGCCGAUCUAUGAGUUUAAGGUGGGCGAUUGUGAGAUACGUGGGCUGCAGAAGAUUAAACCAUUCGACAGCAAUGAUUUUGGCUACUAUGCGCAGGAUGGCAAUGGCGGUAUUUGGUAUUGCGAUCUCAAUACCCACGACGUACCCAACAAGCCAAAAAAGCUGUAUAGCUGUCAUGGCGGCAAAGUGCUUGCCGCACAAACAAGCCCCGUUUCAACGCAUCUAAUGACGCUAGGCGAGGAUGGCAAGAUCUUCCUAUUCGAUUAUGUACGCAACACUUUAUUGCUGGAGAAGAAGUUUAUUUCAAGCGGCAGCGAUUUGCAUUGGUUCUCGACAAAAAUAUCCAGUACGGGUAUGGAUGUAGUCGCCGGCUUCGAGGAUGGCAUACUACGUCAAUUGGUGUUGGAUUUGCGCAAUGAAAAGAGAGUGGAGUUGCAUUUGGUGCGCGCUAUUAAGGCGCAUAUUGGUGCCAUCACGAAAUUGACAGUCAAUCCGAGGCAUACCUGCCUAGUCGUGUCCUCCAUGGACAAGUCCAUAUUUGUGUAUAACAUUGAAGAUAAGGAGAAUAAUAUGAUGUGCUUGAAACCAAUGGGUUUUGUGGUGCUCGAUGCUGUGGUGAAUUGUUUCAACUGGAAGAACGAUGAGUAUUCCACAAUUUUGAUGGGCUGCAAAACUGGUGAGGUAUACGAAUACCAAAUACCCGCCCGCGUCACAGACGAGCAAACAUUUCUCUCCUACAACAUUACCGAUCCGCAGAAAAUGAAGUCGACACGCUUUGUAUCGGUUAAAAGUCUCAUAAGACGUGAUCAAAAGCGUGAGAAAAUCAAGAAACGCAAGGAGAAGAAACGUCAACGCAAAUUGGCGGAAGUGGAAAAAUUGAAGGCUGCCAAUCCGGGCUUGCAAAUUGACAUGGAAACGGCGUUGGCCGAUUCUGAGCCCGAAGAAGAGGAGGAACCCUUACAUAUACCUGCUGCGCCCAAUCCAGUGCUUUGGCUCCGCUAUACGCGCGAUGACACUGUGUGGACCUCGAUGGCUGGCUUCGAUGCUGGUUAUAUCUAUGAGCUAAUAUUUGGUUAUGCGGAGCCUUACAGGUGUACUAUAAUAGCGGACGGCGAUGAUUGCGAAAUACACUCUUAUUUGACGAUUGAGGAUUACCUGAUUUUCGGCUUGGUAGAUGGAAAAUUGCGCAUCAAUCGUACAACUGCCAACGAUUUCACAGAUUUAGCCGAUUAUCGUCUAUUUGCCAUGCACGAUUCCUACAAUGGAAUUAUAUCGCGCAUUUUGACCAGCUGCGAUGGCCAAUAUUUGUUUAGCGUUGGAUAUGAUGGCAAUAUUUUCUCUUACAAGUGGCAUGGACCCAAAGUGGUGCAGGGUGGUCCUUUGGAUGUGGUGCAGUAUGCUCUGCUAAAAGAUUUUUAUGCUGACGAUAUAGACGAUCCAGAGUAUCCUUCAUUGGAACAGGAGAAAAUCUAUGCCGAAAUUAAACGCAAAGAGGAAGCGGCCGCAGCGCAUAACCGAAAAGUGUUGGCACAAAUCGGUGAAUUGCAGGUGAAAUUCAAUGAUAUCAAAAGCGAUAUGUUGCCUUUGGAAGAGGAGUUGCAACUGCCGGAUCGCAAGCUGCUUCUGGACGAACGCAUAACUAAACAAAUCAAGGAUGAGCUGCAAACGGAGUUGGAUGAUGUGCGCGAUGAUUUGGCCUACGACCUGGAGGUGGCUGAAGUUGGUAAAAAUAAGUUGUAUAAUCAUUUUUUGAAGAAAUUAGAACAUGUGCCGUUUACGGUGAGCGGUAUUAGCAAAGAUGUAAGGGUCACCUCAUUUCGUGUAGAAAAACUUGGAGAGGAAUUUGAGAAAAUCAAGGAUGAGAUCGAGGAGCGUUUGCUGCUGGAGGCAGCGAAGCGUAGCGAUGAGGAAACUGAGCUUCCAACAACACAAACAGAAUACAUUGAACCGAUCGUUGCCGAGGAGAAGGAGCCCAGUAUGCCCGAACUGGGUGAGGAGAACUUCUUCUUCGGUCGUAAUCCGAAUGCUAUCAUACCACGCUUUAGCAAGAAAAUGCUCCGCCUAUUGCGACGCUAUCGCUCUCGCCAACUGCACGAAAUCGAGCGUAUAUAUAAUUGGGAGCGGAUGGAAAUGGGUAAACCCGAUCCGAACAAGAAUCAUCCGCAUGAUGAGCUUAAAAUUGCCGAAGCGGAGAAAAAUCUUGGCGAUUACAAGCUGAAAAUUGGCUACGACUAUGAGCCGCGAGUCAACGAAAAUCUCACCUACAAAUACAUUGAAGUGGUGAAUGCAAGGCAAGCACAUUUUCUCAUUUUAGAUCGCUUCAAUAAGGAACUUAUGCAAAUGCGCAAACGCAAAUGGGAGUAUUACAAGUAUAUAGAAGAGUCGCGUAAGCGAUUGGAACAGUUGCACUCAUUUCUACCACACGUAAAUCGCGAGUAUUUGAUUUCCAUAGGAAAUAUUGAAAUGAACGUUGAGUAUCCAGAGCGUAAUCUCAAGGAGAAUUGCCAGCCAGGCUGUGGCAUAGAAAUCGAAGAUAUACUGUAUUUGGAGAAGAAAGUUGAUGACUUACUGCCGGAGCCACCACCACCGCCGUCACUCGACCAGAAUGUGACGGCGCGCGAUAAGAUCGAACACUCGUUACACCAAUCUUUGCAUGCCUAUGAAGUGGACGAGCUGCCGGAUAUUAGUGCUAUACUCGCAGAACUCGAUGAUUAUGCCAGUUUUACUGAACCAGACUUCUUCGAGCGCAACGAGGACGGUUUUGCGCCAUGGUUGUCUAUGGCGCGCUAUCAAUGGCUAAUCGAUUUGCUGGAUGAACAGAGUGGCAUAGUGUUGAAGGUGAAAAAUCGUAUUAGUGAGUUCGAUAAGGAUCUGGCGGAAAUGAUAGCAACACGUUGUAGAGCUUCGUACGAAGCUGAGUUCAUGCACUGCUAUAGUAUUACUUUGAAUCAAGAAUUGAAUAUAUUACGCGAUAGCGAAGAGAUCGAAAAUCAAUUGCUAAACAAUGCUGAUGAGGCGAUGAAGACACGCAACGAAAUGCAGGCGGUGAUCAAUUCGAAAAAACGGCAAAUCGAGGAGAGCAAAAAGAAUGUCGAUAGAUUAAACGAGCAAAUAAUAGCGGUGCAGCAGAAAUUCAUGACCACCUGCAAGGGGCAUAAAUUCUUCGAUUUCUUGCGGCGCAUAUUCAAAAAGAAAUGGCGAUCACCAAAGCCACCCAAGGCUGAUGAUGAAUCUUCUGAGUCCUCCUCGAGCGACGAGUCGUCCAGCGAGGAUGAGGAUGCCGAUGCCAAAAGUAUUGAUUCAACGGAUAUUACUACGAUACGGUUAGAUGAAAGUCACUGUCCUGCAGGGCUGGAACGUAGCACGUACGACUUGGCUUUUCAGCUGCGUUCCGAGCGGCAUGCUCUUGAAAAGGUGCUCUCAGAGACACAAAAAAGCAUAGAACAACGACGUGCAGAUGUGGCUGAGCUGCAAAAGAAAAUGAAGUAUCACGAAGAAGUCUACGCGCAGGAGAAGGAAACGUUAACGGUUUUUCGGCGCAAACGCCAACAAGAAUUGAACAAAAUCAAAAUCUGUGUAGUGUUGUCAAUGGAUCAAUUGCAACACUUCAGACCAGGUGAAGAUUAUUUAGACUUAAGUCGUGCCAUACUAUUCGAUGCUGAACGCUUGAAUCAGCUGAAAGAUCGUGUCUCCCAGUUGAAUGAAGAGACACUGGAGACUCGACGUCUACAUCGUAUCAAUGUAGUACAUUUGCGUCGCAUGAAUACCGACAUUAAAUUUAUGCGCAGCGAAAUCACACGAUUGGAGGCUGCCAUCAAGCAGGAGAUUAUUAAGAAAUUUGGUAUGAUCAUCAAUUUGGAUGAAUUGGAGGAGGAGGUUUUGCGCAGGUAUGUAUUCGAUUUGGAAACGUCCGCUGAGGAGGAAUUUCGGCAAAUCGAGAGAGAAAUAGCGAGAAGGAAGGCGGAGUUGGCGUUAUUGGAGAACGAACUGAUACGUGAGACAAAAGUCAGCGCGGAAAAGUUUAAUAUUUUAACCGUUUUGAAUGAGGAGAAGAACUUUUUGCAUAAAAUUUUGAAAGCACAGGAGAAGAACUUCGAGAAAUGGAUGCAGCCACAUAAAUUGAAUCUUGAUCGAGACGUAGAGAAGCUCACGCAAAUACACAAAGAGCAGAAGCAGACAAUUGAGUGCCUGGAGCGUGAAAUUUGCACAUUACGCUUGAAAUCCAAACCACUGCAACUAUUUCACGAAGUCGUCCAGGAAGAUAAAAUUGAAAAGACCGUUGAAGUGGAUGAUGAUGAUGUUAACUGCCCCAAAAUAUUAGCACCCGAAGCUUUUAUGCAACGCAUCGAACCAGAUCAGUUUACUAUCGAUCGCAUCAAGAAAGUUGUACAAAAAUAUUUCGCACAGUGGUUCAAUCGGCACGCCACCGCCGAUAAUAUACGUAAGAAUGCGAAGAAGGCCACACGCUAUCUGGCCCAAGCUGCCUACACCUUCGAAGGCAACAUAACCGAUGGCAUAUUGGAUUGUAUAACGCAAGCGCUGGAAUCGAUGAUGCCGAAAAAGUAUCUGCUGCAUAUGUCCAAGGAUAAUUUAGCGAAAAUGUUUCGUGAUGUGCUGAACGCAUACGAUUACCAGUCGUCUGAAGUGAAUACAGAGGAAUUGAUUAGCGGCAUCUAUCAGAAUGUGCUGACGACUUUGGAACACUCGAAUGCUGUGCUGAAUAGAACACAAUUCAUAUUGUUGCAUCUAUUCGAGCAGCUUAUUGAGCUCUUGCCAUUGGAGGAAUUUAAAAGCGAGAAAACUACGCGCUUACUUAUGCAGCUGUUGGAAGAUGAUACGCAUAUAGAUCCGCGUUGUAUAAAUGUUGAUGACAUUGUGGACAAGACGGUGAAGUAUGCGCGCGAAAAUCUGCUGGACGGCAUUACAGCUAUGCCGAUAAGACGUCUAGCUGAGAAUCUGUAUAAGGAAUUGAAGAUUCAUAAGGCGGGAGCGAUAACAAUUAAAUGCUCGUUGGGAUCGAAAGAAAGAGUUACGACUGCACAAAAGAACAAGUUUGCUUCGUUGUGAUGUGAAUUAAAAUUUAUUUUACUUUUUUAUU